CGUAUCCUUCGUCCAGUGUGGUCGGUCCCCGGAACCUCAGAGGAUCGCAGGUGAGAGCCAUUGCGGCCCCGACAGCCUCCCUCCAUUCCCCAAGUGGACCCGCUGAGGAACAGCGGCUGGUGCAGCAAGUCGUUCUUUGAUAUCGAGGAACAUGAUAAAGAGUUGGCUGAUUAUUUUUAUCCUUUUUCCCCUGAAGCUCAUAGAGAAAUGUGAGUCGGUGAUCAACCUCACUGUUCCUCCCACCGUGAAGCUGGAAAAUGGAAGCUCAGAGAACAUCAGCAUCUCUCUUCAGCACCCAUUAAAUGCAACCUUGGUGAUCACUUUUGAAAUCACAUUUCGUUCAAAAAAUAUCACUAUCCUUGAGCUCCCUGAGGAAGUUGUGGUGCCUCCCAGAGUGACAAAUUCCUCUUUUCAAGUGACAUCUCGAAAUGUGGGACAAAUUACUGUUUUUCUGCAUGGAAAUCAUUCCAACCAAACUGGCCCAAGGAUACGCUUCCUGGUGAUCCACAACACUGUCAUUAGUGUCAUAAACCAGGUGAUUGGCUGGAUCUACUUUGCAGCCUGGUCCGUCUCCUUCUACCCUCAGGUGAUUAAGAACUGGAAGCGGAAAAGUGUUGUUGGUCUGAGCUUUGACUUUGUCACCCUGAACCUGACAGGCUUCGUAGCCUACAGCGUGUUUAACAUCGGCCUCUUCUGGGUGCCCCACAUUGAGGAGCAGUUUUUCCUCAAAUACCCCAAUGGAGUGAACCCUGUGGAGAGUAAUGAUGUCUUCUUCAGCCUGCACGCGGUCGUCCUCACCCUGGUCAUCCUGGUGCAGUGCUUCCUGUAUGAGCGAGGCAGCCAGCGUGUGUCCUGGCCUGCCAUCGGCUUCCUGGCGCUCUCCUGGAUCUUCGCGCUGAUCGUCAUGGUUAUAGCCGCAGUCGGGGCAAUCACAUGGCUGCAGUUUCUCUUCUGCUUCUCCUACAUCAAGCUCGCGGUGACACUGGUCAAGUACUUUCCACAGGCCUACAUGAACUUUCACUACAAAAGCACUGAGGGCUGGAGCAUUGGUAAUGUGCUUCUGGACUUCACUGGGGGCUGCUUCAGCCUCCUCCAGAUGUUCCUCCAGUCCUACAACAACGACCAGUGGACACUGAUCUUUGGAGACCCUACCAAGUUUGGACUCGGCAUCUUCUCCAUCUUCUUCGAUAUUGUCUUCUUCAUCCAGCACUUCUGCUUAUACAGAAAGAAACCAGGGCUUCAGGCAGCACAUACAGGUUCUGACAGCCAUCCCAAGCAGGAUUGGGCGCUGAGCUGGGAGCCGAAGGCCCUGCCCCAAGCAACCAGUGUUUCUGGGAGCAGCUUGAAGGACUGACCUCGCAGCUGGGAGAGCUGAGGGUGCUUUGCUGCCACUGCUGUGUUCCCAGAGACCAAGCAGCCAGUGGACUUCGAGGUGCUAUUGCUGGUGGCAGAGCGGCUAGGACUUUGGGGUUGGGCCUUGGGGUCCCUUCUCUGAAGGCCACAUGCUCUGAACAUUCAUCUUCUUGACACUCAGCUCGCACGCCUGCACUUACAGGUGGCUCAGGCCAGGGCCUCGUAAAGCAGUAUUUCUGGGCCUUGAGAUGCCAACAGAUUGGUCCUGAACUGGUGUCAUGCUCAACCUUCUCGGGAUUUUUAUCACACUAACCCCUUUUGGAUUUCCUGGAGGGAAGUUUUGGGAGUGGCUUACUUUCCUCUGCCUUCUGCCUGCCUCCACUUUCCCAGAGUCAGGGGCCCCAUGUGAGCCCCUCCCACUGUUCCUUACCCCGCAUCUGGUGUGCAGGAGACACACACACACACACACACACACACGCCUUAGAGGCCUCUUAGACCUGCCAAAUGGUGAGUAGCUCCCAUGGAGGGGAGGGCAGGCCCCCCCUUCCUUCACUUCCCCACCCCCUACCUGAGACCCACCAAUUUUGUGGCUGUUCAGGAGCCCCAAAGGCUCCUGAACAGAUAAGGACUUGAGACCACCUCACACAAUCCUCGUGGGCCCAACCCUGAUCCCAAACCUCCUUCCCUCCCAACCCAAGCAGUUGCCCUUGCUGUGGCAGGGAGGGUCCCAGAACGUGCCUUGUACAUGCCUUGAGUUUAUCAAUCCACUCCGACUUUUUACUACAAGAUCGAUGUGAGGGGCCUGUAUUCUGAAUUAAAACCUGAUUGUUGCCUUUUGCAAA